AUGGAACCGCACAUUCCUUUUUUUCUUUCCAACGCCGGAACUGCGACAGGCUCUACGGCUGCGCACUUGGAGUUUCAGCGAGCCCAGUUUCAGGAGUAUGCCCAGCGGUUACAGAUGGGAAUUCGGACAUUUCCCGGACAUUUUCAAGGGAUCAAUUCACUGGCCUAUCAGGGUCAUUUGAUAAACCCUUAUUUCCACCCGUACAUGUGCAAGGAUCCGCGCACGCGCUAUUUGCAAGAGGAACCCAAACCAAAUCACAGCUAUAUUGGCUUGAUCGCAAUGGCAAUCUUGAGCGCUAGAGAUCAGAAACUCGUUCUUAGCGACAUCUACCAGUGGAUCCUUGAUAACUACAGCUACUUCAGAACCAGAGGUCCAGGUUGGAGAAACAGCAUACGUCAUAAUCUUUCGCUUAACGAUUGCUUCGUGAAGGCCGGCCGAAGCGCGAACGGAAAGGGGCAUUACUGGGCAAUCCAUCCUGCCAACAUAGAGGAUUUCCAGAAAGGCGACUUCCGGAGACGUCGUGCGCAAAGACGCGUUCGCAGACACAUGGGUCUUUCUGUGGCGGAUGACGACGACGACGAUAGUCCGGCACCAUCGCCCGUUCCUCCACCGCAGCCCGGUUCGGCAGUUUGGACAUCCGCAGAAGAAGUCCCAUCGGGCUUUACAGGGGAUUUGUCAAAGGAACAAACACAUCACCAUUUAUCUACAGAGUCAUUAAUCGAAGCUGAAAAUGGUGCUUUAGAUCUUGUAUCGCCGAUACGAAAAGCGCGUCGUCAAUUUGACAUGGACAGUCUGCUUGCACCUGACCCUCAAAGAAAAAUUGAGUCAAAUAUUGUAUAUUUCCCGCCUGGUCAUUUUCACAAACUUCCACUUUUUCCAACAGCUAUGGAUCUGCAUUUGUCCAAACAAUCCGCGCCAACUUUUAAAGCAGAAUAUCCGAGAGAAAUAAAACAAGAAAACGGUGCAAAGGACGAGAAUGACGUCAAUAAUGAAAACUAUACGAUAAGAAGCGACACCGAUGACCUAAACGAUAGCAAACAUCAGCAGACCGCGGACGAAAACGAAAUUGCUAAAUAUAGAAUAGAAGAUGAUGAAAUUGAUGUAUCAACGUCUAGUCAAGGAUCCCCCUCGGAAAAGAGGUCGAUGAAUAAUAAGUCGCCUAGCGACGAAAAGUACAACGGAAGCGAAAACGGCGACAGCGUGGAUCACAGCAGCAUCGAAAGCGACAGGGGAAAAGAGGUUGACAAGAAGUGCAACGGCGGCCACGAAACAUCGCAUCCAAAACGCGGCAGUGAUUCAAGUUCAGACAACUAUGGCGUCAUAUCCACCACCUCCUGCAGUGCCGUUUCAAGUCUGCCCAUCGCUUUUGAUUCCUCGCUGUACGGAAACAUAGGUGGGCUGUCUAGCAUUGCUCUACAUGGCUUCAAUGGGGACUUUCAAAGACUCGGUGGACUGGACUUAGUCAGACAUAGACUCACAUUUCCUGCUCUUCAACGGCACCCUAUCUAUGCCAGAGCGAGUGUGCCGGCCAUCAGAUUUGACCACGAUGCAAUCGCAAAAUGGCAGCAGUCCAUGAGUGCUAGUUUUGUUUUGAAGAAUGUGCACAAGGGCAGCCAUGUCGUAUUAUGAAUUAAAUUUUAUUAUUUGCUAAUAAUAACAUAUUGCCACUUCUAUCUUCAUGGUCGCGAUUAUGUGACACUAUUUAUGGGAGUAGAAAGAGUCAAAAUAUCAAAGUAGUGGUGGAAAGAGUUCAACACAAAAUGUGUUUAAGAUAGAAAAAACGUGAAUAUUUGAAAUGUAUAUCUUGUUGAAAAAAGCAGCUCGGUGCUUCCGCAAAGAUCUUAAAGCACCCAAUUUGAUUUUGCAAUUUAUAUUUCGGUGUUUGAUUUGACCAAAAUUGUGACUCGUAACUGUUGACGUCAUGUUUCUGCAGAAUUUGCAGGAAUGUUACAUUGCAAUUUGAGAAGGAAGAUGUUAACAACACUUGUGCGUUGUAUAAGUGCUUAACACCAAUACUGAACGUUAUUUAUUAGAAUGAAACAUCAUACACGUUUGUUUUCAGGUUAUGAAAAUGUUUUGUUCAAGCCUAAAAUAAACACUCACUGGGAACGAAACUGAUGUCUAGUGACAAGUAAGUUUGAACGCAUAAAGAGAUCAUUUAGUUACAUGAAAUAACGGUUGAAAUGGUUGCUUAAUUAUGUUGAAAUUUCCAGGAUGUAAAUCAAUGUUGUUUGUGACUUAAAGUUCAUCUGGGUUUUAAUGUG